AUGCCGAAAGUGUGCAGUACAUAUCGUGUUCGAAAACAUCGAUUAUAUGCGAGACCCCCUUUUGUGUCCAACGAACCUGAUUCUCCAGGUGAUGCAGAUGAUGAAGAUGAUAUAAUAAAUGUCAAUGAAAACUUUCAACAAGAACAGGAUAAUGACAGAAACGACGACACUGCUUCAAAUGAAAAUUCAGCUCGAAAUGAAAACUCUUUUUCGAACGAAAAUUUGGUCGAAUUUGAAAACCAUAUUUCACUUGACACUGAUGUUAGAAAUGAAUUUCAAAAUCUGGAUAAUGAAAUUCCUGACGGAUCCUCCAACUCAGAAGGAGACUUUAUUGAAGGAAUUGGAAAUUUGAACGAAAAUAACCCCGAUGAAAUUCCGGCUCUAAAGUCAUGGGCCGUUCUUAAUGGUAUCGAGCAAAAAAGCGUUGAUGAAUUGCUUAAAAUUUUACGGAACAGACUUAUACCCGAAUUACCAAAAACAGCAAAAACCUUUUUAGGCACUAGUACAGCAAAUUAUCAAAUUCAGGAAAUGUCGGACUCCGAUGGAACUAUGGGUGAAUAUGUAUAUUUUGGUAUACGGCGCGGUUUAGAAGAAUGUUUAGAUCCGAAUAUUCACAUUAAAUCAACAGUUUUCCUGCAAGUCAAUGUGGACGGCAUUUCACUAAGCAACUCUGGACAGAAGGGUUUUUGGGUAAUUUCUGGUAAAGUUUAUUACGAACCAGACAUCUACACACCAUUUCCAAUAGCGAUUUUUUGCGGAAACUCAAAACCAGCAAGUAUCGACGAUUUUGUUAAUGAUUUCAUCAACGAAAUAAAUUAUAUAUUGCCCAGGGGACUACAAAUCCUAAAUCGUCGUUUUAACUUGAGAAUUCACUGCUUCAUAUGCGAUACACCAGCGAGGGCUUACCUGAAGGGUGUAAAAGGCCACGUAGGAUUUUUUUCUUGCGAGAGAUGCGAAACCCAAGGCCUAAAAGAAAAUGGAGUGACUCAAUUUCCUUUCCUGGACGAGGAAAGGACAGAUGAGUCGUUUAGAAAAAAGAAGCAGCCUGGUCAUCACAAAACAACUUCUCCUCUUUUGCUAAUAAGACCACGCCUAAAUAUGAUCUCUCUGUUCGUUCUCGACUUCAUGCAUUUAUUCUGCGAAGGUGUAAUGAAGCGUUUACUGCAGAACUGGUUUAUUUUAGCAACGAGAGCUAAACUUGGCCAAUAUUGGAAAAAUGAAGUAUCGAGAAGAUUACUUUUGAUACGAAAAAAUAUACCGUGCGAAUUUCAAAGAAAAAUUCGGCCUUUAAAGGCUUUGAAUAAAUGGAAGGCUACAGAAUUUCGAUUUUUUUUGUUAUACUGUGGCCCUAUUGUAAUGUCAGAUGCGUUGAGUACAGAUCGUUUAAAAAAUUUCAUCCUUUUACAUGCAGCAACUAGAAUUCUAUCUUGUGACAAACUGUUCCGGACUUAUCAACAUCUUGGAAAAUCUUAUUUACAAAAAUUCUUUUUGAGUUUAAGACAUUUGUAUUUAAGAAUUCAAGUACUUAAUAUGCACCACGCGAUGCAUGCCGCUGACGAUGUACUACAGAUGGGGUGUUGCUUUAGUCGAAUAUCUGCCUUUCCUUUUGAGAACUUUCUCGGAAAAUUAACAAAACUCAUUCGCACUCCGAAUCGUCCUUUAGCACAGAUUUGUCGAAGGUUACACGAAUUAAAAAAAAUUGAUCCUCUAAAACCACAAAUGCCAUUAAAAAUUCAAAUAUUAAAAUCCAUUGGUAACGAUAUUCUAAAACUGACAUACAAAGAAUAUACUCUGACCCCGAAGUCACCAGAUAAUUUUGUAAUGUUAAAAAACAAUAAGUUUCUGCGAAUUAAAAAAAUUUAUCGAACACAACAAGGGAUAAAAGUCGACGGUAAUUUGUGGAGAGCUAAACGUCCUUUAUUUGCAUAUCCUAUUAAUUCUGAAAUUUUGGAUAUGUGGGUGUUGAGCUCCAGACCUUCCCGCAGUUCAGUCACAUUUAAUCUAAACUACAUCGAAAUUAAAAUGGUUAGAUUGUCAUUAAAUUUUGAAGAAAAAGCUCCAAAGAGACAUUAUUGUAUGCCACUUUUACACCACUAA